AUUGUUAUAAUGUGGUAACAACAUUUUCUAAUAAGGAGUUCCUAAACAUUACAUAUCUAGGAGUUCAUCAUAUUAUGUGUGCUAAGAUGCAGGAGCCAAAUUAUUACUUCUGUCAGGGUUCAGCACUGCAGGCCAGUACUCAGGGGAAAGAACGCCACCCCUUCAUGGCCACUGCUAUCCCCGGACCUGGGCCGGCAGGGCAGGGUCUGGGUGGGGUUCCAUCAUACAUGGACUAUGAGUGCUAUGACUAUAAACCCUCUUCCGACUCUGAGUAUUAUGGAGCGGUUGGAGGGGAUCAAAAUAAACGAGAACAAAAACGUCGACCAAAGCCUAAGGAUGGCUCACAGCUUGUUUGUGGGGUAUGUGGUGACAAAGCUUUGGGAUACAACUUUGACGCCAUUACUUGUGAAUCAUGUAAAGCUUUCUUUAGGAGGAAUGCUCUCAAAUCAAAGAUGUUGCCCGGGAUGGGAACAGGUAGCGGAGCGGGCCUUGGGACUAAUGUGUUUACGUGUAGUUUUGAUGGCAACUGUAAGUUAGAUACACACACAAGAAAAUUCUGCUCAGGAUGUCGGCUGAAGAAAUGUUUUGAUAUAGGCAUGAAGAAAGACUGGAUAUUAAGUGAAGACCAACUUGCUAAACGUCGACAGAAACCAAAAGGACCUGGAGAAGUAAGAACAAAACAACGAAAAACGUCUGUGGACGAAUAUCAGAAUCAAACGUCUAAUAUGGAAGUGACAUCAAACUAUAUGAUGGAGGAUCAAUCCUCGAAUAAGAGCAGUGAAGGUUCAUCCUCGCCCUUCAAGUGUGAAAUGGAGGAGGAUAACAUGCCCAUUCCCCUGGACGAGGAGAUCCAGAAGGAGAUUGAGAACUUGGAGUAUCAGUACAAAUUAGUAUUUGACACCCCCUACUCAGACGACCAGAUAGAUAAACUCACAACCAGUCCUAAAUCACCUAAUGACCUCUUCAAUAUGACUGACUUAUUUGUGCGCAGGUUAAUUCGUUUUGCUAAACAUAUUCCAGAGUUCAAAACCUUAGCACAAGAAGACCAAAUUCAUUUACUGAAAGGUGGAAUUAUGGAAAUCAUGGUUCUGCGUUCAGCAAUGGGAUUUGACAGCUCGCAGAUGGGCUGGAAAGUCAAAGGUCAAAGCAUUGGAGAAAAGACAUUAGGUCCUCAGAUGAUUCAGAAUACAUUGGGUAAUGGCAUGUACAUAGAACAUAUAAAGUUUGUCAUGUCACUCAACCAACUGACUCAUGCCAACAAAACCAUCAUGACCUUGCUAUUUGUUAUUGAACUUUUUUCCUCUGAUCGGCCAAAUGUGAAAAACAAAGAGUUAGUUUCUCAAGGCCAAGAAAAGUUCUCCACCUGGCUCAAGGCUUAUCUUGAGUCUUUACAUCCGCUCACGGAAGCUCGAUCUCUCUAUCCAAAGUUGCUGAUGAAACUCCUGGAUGUACGGAGUCUUGGUGAAUCAAGUGCACAAAUGGCGGCCCAUUUGGAUAUAACACGACUGGAGCCGUUGUUAGUGGAGGUUUUCAGUUUACAGAAAUGA